GCCGCUCCACUUCCGGUCCCCACAGGCAAGAUGGCGGCCACCGAGGAGCACGAUUCUUCUACAGAAGCCGUUCAGACAGCUACCGAAGAGGAGGAAGCUAAAACAUUUAAAGACCUGGGUGUGACAGAUGUGUUGUGCGAAGCUUGUGACCAGUUGGGAUGGGCAAAGCCCACCAAGAUCCAGAUUGAAGCGAUUCCUUUGGCCUUGCAAGGCCGAGAUAUUAUUGGGUUGGCAGAAACUGGAUCUGGAAAAACAGGUGCCUUUGCUUUGCCCAUUCUGAAUGCGCUGCUGGAGACUCCCCAGCGUUUGUUCGCCUUGGUCCUCACCCCUACUCGAGAGUUGGCCUUUCAGAUCUCUGAGCAGUUUGAGGCACUGGGAUCCUCCAUUGGAGUGCAGUGUGCUGUGAUUGUUGGUGGAAUUGAUUCAAUGUCCCAGUCACUAGCCUUGGCCAAAAAACCACACAUAGUAAUAGCCACUCCUGGCCGACUGAUUGACCACUUGGAAAAUACCAAAGGCUUCAACUUAAGAGCUCUUAAGUACUUGGUCAUGGAUGAAGCAGACCGGAUACUGAACAUGGAUUUUGAGACAGAGGUUGACAAGAUCCUCAAAGUGAUUCCCCGAGAUCGGAAAACAUUUCUCUUUUCUGCUACUAUGACCAAGAAGGUACAAAAACUUCAGCGUGCAGCUCUCAAGAACCCUGUGAAGUGUGCGGUUUCCUCCAAGUACCAGACUGUUGAGAAGCUGCAGCAGUAUUACCUCUUUAUUCCCUCCAAAUUCAAGGACACCUACUUGGUUUAUAUUCUCAAUGAAUUGGCUGGCAACUCCUUUAUGAUAUUCUGCAGCACCUGUAACAACACUCAGAGAACGGCUUUGCUACUUCGAAAUCUUGGGUUCACUGCCAUCCCCCUCCAUGGACAGAUGAGUCAGAGCAAGCGCCUUGGAUCCCUUAAUAAGUUUAAGGCCAAGGCUCGUUCCAUUCUUCUAGCAACUGAUGUUGCCAGCAGAGGUCUAGAUAUACCCCAUGUGGAUGUCGUGGUCAAUUUCGACAUUCCGACUCAUUCUAAGGAUUAUAUCCAUCGAGUGGGGCGGACUGCGAGAGCCGGGCGCUCUGGAAAGGCCAUUACUUUUGUCACACAGUAUGAUGUGGAACUCUUCCAGCGCAUCGAACACUUAAUUGGGAAGAAACUGCCCGUCUUUCCGACACAGGAUGAGGAGGUUAUGAUGCUCACAGAACGCGUGAAUGAAGCCCAAAGAUUUGCCCGAAUGGAGUUAAGGGAACAUGGAGAAAAGAAGAAACGCAAGCGAGAGGAUGCAGGGGAUGACGAUGAUACCGAGGGCGCCAUGGGUGUGCGGAACAAGGUGGCCGGAGGGAAAAUGAAGAAGCGGAAAGGCCGCUAGUGGCCGCAGCGAGACAGGACUUCUGCUCUGCAGCUGUGAAGAGAUGGAAGGCGGCAGUGAACCCGCCUUCCCCUCCAACAGUUCUGAGACCCCAAUCUUCAAAUCCUGUCCAGAGGCCACUCAGCCAGCUGGGAGCUCAGUUUUCUCUCAGUGGGACAGCUCUGACAGUGUUGACCCAGGACUGACCUGUGGCUCUUGUGCACUUCUGCCUUUUCCACUUGCAAGCCAAGGGCCCAGCUGAUGAAGAGCAUCGCCUGUAGUUAACUGUAAAUCUAUCUCAGCUGUCAUUAAGUCUAAUGUGGAACAAUAAUUAUUUUUAAAGAUGUAUUUUUAUUAUUUUUGUGUGUGUUUCUGUGUGUGCAUGCACAUACUUUUGGGUAAAUGCCCACAGAGGCCAGAGGACUCAGAUCUCCUGGGAGCUGGUUGUGAGCCCCCUGUUGUGGAUGCCGGAAGUCAAACUCAGGUCCUUCAAAGACCUUAAAUUCUUUGGAGACCUUGCUGUUAAAGGGCUUUGUAGCUCUUGCUGACAGAGACCUGUCAGUGUGGUUACAUGACAGAUUUAUUAGUUGUCCUUAAUGAAAGGAAAUGUCACUUUGUGAUGGGAAAAAAAGAAAAUCAAGAGGAAGAUGAUGGAUGGGUUUGGAAGGGAGGUCCUGCUUAAAAGGAAGUUCAUUUUCCUUCCUUGUGGGAAGCUUCAGAGGGAUUCAGAGCCCGGAAUAUGUUUUCCUGGUUUCUUGGACUAAUCAGGUGACUAGGAAAACUGUUUUCCUGAGUAGUUCCUGUCCCCAGGUGAAGGGAAUUCCAACAGUGCAUCAGAAAGGAAGGUAGUUCUACAGUCGGAUUUCAUCUUCUUGUUACAGCACGUGGUGUCACUCUUCCUUCUGUUAGUUUGAGUUCAGAUGUAGAGCUGGGACAUUUCCAGAGGAGGUAACCACUGCCAUGGGCAUAUGGUCAGGAGUAUGGGUUGUUGGGCAUCAGAAAUCCCAUUUUGAGCUGCUGGUUCUGAAUAGUCUUGAAUUCUGAGGGCUUCUGCUCAUGAAAGGUGCCUGAUGAUUUUGUUGACUGUCAGUUUUAUUGAAAGUGUGUGUGGAAUGUCUGGCCUGUGGUAAAGGAAUGGCAGAGAAUCACUGAUUGCUUCAAAGAUUGUUUUUCUCAAAGAGAAGAGUGUAAGAAGUAUAGUUUAGCCCAGGGUGGACUGUUCAUUAUGUCGGGGAUGGGGCCUAUGUGUGUGCAUGUAUGCACAUGUGCUCACACAGAAGGCAGAAGAGAACACCAGGUGCCAUUCUCCGAUUCUCUGCCUUACUCUUGACUCGAGACAGUGUCUCUUACUGAACCCCAAAGCUCUGGGGUUAGGGGGAAUAUGAUCACACCCAGUUUGUACAUGGGUGUUAGAGAUUUGAACAACAAACACUUCUACCCACUGAGCCAUCUCCACAGCUUCCCAUCCCAACCUAGUGAGCGUAGCGUGUGUGAGGGUAUGCACAUACGUGCUCGUGUGUGUGUAUGUGUG